AGGUUAAAGCAGAUGAUGAGCACGAGGAGUCUGCCAGCGUGUGUGUGUCUCCCACGGGCUGGCAUCGCUGGCUUGGAGGAGAGCUCCGCAACGCCAAGUCUAGCAAGCAGCUAGAGUGGAGGAGGCGGCGGCGGGGGCUGUGCACAAGGCUGCUCCGCACGGGCAAUUAUUGCUCCAGCUGUUUGGACAAAGAAACAAAAUCCUAAGGGAGGAAAGGAUUUGGCAGCCUAGGAGCGGCGACUGCGUUGCCUGCCCGGAGCCGGGCUCGGAGUGACACUGGGAUUCCCGCCCCCUCCCGCGGGAGGCUGGCGCUGGGCAGAGGCGUCAGGCACCUGCCCGGGGGCGGGCUUGGCUCGAAGGCUGCGGCCCCAGCGCCACUGGAGGGGAACCCUCGGCUCCGCUUCUCAGCCGGGCUCCCCGCUCCAGGGGCUGCUCCCGGGAGGGGACCCGCCUCCCCCUGCACGUGCCCGGCCGGAGCUGGCGCUGCUGCCCGGGGCUAGCCGCCGCCUGCCCCCGCAGUGCACGAGCCUGUGCUCGGGCGGAGCCGCCUGCCGGGAGCAGCCCAUGGGCAGGGGCUUGUGCCCUGCUGCAGCUGCCCGGCGCUAGCCCAUGGGCCGAGCCGCUGCCCGGAACUAACCAGCCUCCUGCGCUGCCCAUGUGCUCCAGCCCGCGCCCGGGCGCCGCCGCCGCUGCUGGCUGGGACUAGCCGCCUCCUCCCCCGGUGGAUGCCGCCGGGGAGCGGGCGGAGCGCGCCGCCGGGGAGGGGGGCUGCCGCGGCCGCCGGAGCCGGAGCGCCUGCCAGUGCCCUGUGCGCUCACCAGCAUGCUUUACUUCCAGAUGGUGAUCAUGGCAGGGACCGUGAUGCUGGCUUAUUACUUCGAGUACACGGACACCUUCGCGGUCAACGUGCAGGGCUUCUUCUGCUACGAGGGCUCCUACCGCAAGCCCUACCCGGGCCCGGAGGACCGCAGCGCCGUGCCCCCGGCGCUCCUCUACGCGCUGGCCGCAGGGGUCCCGGUGCUGGUGAUAAUCAUUGGAGAAACUGCAGUGUUUUGUCUACAGCUAGCUACAAGGGAUUUUGAAAACCAAGAAAAAACCAUAUUAACUGGAGACUGUUGUUAUAUAAAUCCACUGGUGCGCAGAACCAUCCGAUUCCUUGGAAUCUAUGCAUUUGGACUGUUUGCUACAGAUAUCUUUGUAAAUGCUGGACAAGUAGUAACAGGGAAUCUUGCACCACAUUUUCUUGCACUUUGUAAACCCAACUAUACAGCACUUGGAUGUCAACAGUUCACACAGUUCAUCAGUGGUGCACAUGCCUGUACUGGAAACCCAGAUCUUAUUAUGAGAGCCAGAAAAACAUUUCCAUCCAAAGAAGCAGCUCUUAGUGUAUAUGCAGCUACGUAUCUGACUAUGUAUAUUACCAACACAAUAAAAGCCAGAGGAACAAGGCUUGCAAAACCUGUUCUGUGCUUAGGCUUAAUGUGUUUGGCAUUUCUUACUGGUAUCAACAGAGUAGCCGAGUAUCGAAAUCACUGGUCAGAUGUGAUAGCAGGAUUUAUAAUUGGAAUAUCAAUAGCAGUGUUUUUGGUUGUAUGUGUGGUAAAUAAUUUUAGAGGAAGACAACCAGAACAUGAAAAUUCUCAUAUGGAUAAUCUGGCCCAGAUGCCAAUGAUCAGCAUCCCUCGAGUAGAAAGUCCUUUAGAAAAGAACCACAUCACGGCCUUUGCAGAAGUCACAUGAUGAUGAAGCUGCCGUGUAUUCACUACACUGGACAUCAUCUCUUUUCACAGUCCACUCAUAAUAACUGAAGCGUAUUGAAAAUAAGAGAGUAAAAAUUGUCUGAUUUAUAACUUGAUUUUUACGACAUUAAAACUACAUCAACAUUUGAAAACUGCUUCUUAAAUAUUAAAAGUUCAAUUUACUUUCCAACAAAAGCAUUGCACCAUUAUUUAUGUAUUUAUUUAUGGGGUGGGGAGUGGGAAAGAAUCUGAACACUAGACAUGUUUGUAUGACAAUGCCCUCUCUAGCCUUUUUUUGGCUAUUUAUCAUUUUAAUUAUUCAUAUAUCUAUUCAGCAGUACAUCAUUUUCUGAUUGAUUUGGAUUUUUAAAAUCUGAGUUUUUAAUUCAGCAUGACAUUGUUUCCAUUUGAGCAGAUUUCAGUGUAUGACAUUUUUUUAAAAAUUAUGUUCUGUACUAAAAUGCUGUUUGCUCAUUAUAUUAUGCUGUAUUUCAUUUAAGAUAUCAUUAAUACCAUAUGUUACAUGUAAGACCGGUGCUUCUGCUUUUGAAGAGAAAAAAUGCCAAU